CGGACACGCGGAUGUUCUUUCAUGUGAAAUCGAGUGCUUAUUAGUUAUCCACCUGUCAGUUGUUCUACUGGUUGAAUAAUUCAGUCCUCCUUGAAAUGUCGUUGGAACAACAGUCGGAUGCGAAAUCUUCCCCUUUAUCAACAACUAUGAUGAACAUCAGGACCUUGACAGUAGAUCCUGCAGGCGUUGUCUCAGGAUCCAGGGGUGGUGGACGAGGAACCGGGAUGUUGAGCAUGGUGGUAAAAUCUCUUCAAGAUAUUUUAACUAACUCAGAAGAUAGCAGCGAAACUCUGCAGGAAAAAGUAGAGAAGUUAGACAAACAAUCAAGUAAAAAGAGAAAUAAUAUGUUGGCAAAAGUUAUACCUGGCGAUUCGGAGAACAUGGAGAACGACAAUAAUCGAUUAGAGAAUAAGAAUGGGCUUCAGAAAACUGAUAACAGUUUGGACAUGUCUGAUGGAAUGAGUUCUGCAGAUCUCAGGACAAUUUCCCUCGACGAAAUGGCGUGGCACGAUACACCUGACGACUGCUGGUUUGCCAUAUAUGACUAUGUCUAUGACUGCACAUCCUUUAUAAAAAAUCAUCCGGGAGGUGAUGAUGUGCUUUUGGAAUACGCAGGGCGGGAUGCAACGUUGGCAUUUACAGGGGCUGGGCAUUCGAAAUUUGCUCAAAAAAUACUAGAGAGAUAUUUGAUCGGAGAAUUACCACCUGAUGAAAGGAUAUUCAGAGUAGCUGGUGGCGUCAAAGUCUUCGGUCUCUGAAGCUCUCCCAAAAGAACAGAGGUAAUCCAAAAGUGGAAAAAAUUAUCUCAAGUAUUUCCUGGUGGAGAUAUUUGAAUUGGUUACAAUGAUAACGUUGCAAGAGAUGGCAGACACCCUCGAAUUGAAUUAUUUAUUUUUACUAGUAAAUUAGUUCAUAUUUAAUGAUAAGACUUGCUUUACGGAAGGAAAGGAACGUCACGAUUUACAAUACUUUCCUAUUAUUAAAAUCGUUAUUAUCUAAGGUUGCACGAUUAGCUGCAAUGAACGAAUAUUGGAGAGAUGAUUAUAAAUAAUUAUUCAUCAGUUUCUCUCGCUACAUGACUGCAGCACACAUUUAAUUUACUCACACAAUAAGCUCGAACACGCGUGCGCGCGGAGGAAUAUGAGGUCUGAUGGCACGACCCCAUUUGGUGUACAUGAUCGACAACGUUGACUGAAGAUUUGUACUUGGUCUGGUUGGGAGCAUAUUCGAGACUCAUAGCUAUAUGAGAGGAAGAUAGCGAGACUCACUAGUAAGACUACAGCCAUCUGUGUCUUUGUACGAAACCCUGCAGUAUUAGAUGUAUAAUAAUGUGUCUUUAUCAUAUUAUAUAGCUGCGAUUAUUUUUUUAAACUUAAUUCUUUUUGUUCCAUUUUAUCCGCAAAAAAUAAUUUCUGCAUUAUAUUUGUUUCUUUUUUUCUACUCACUCUUACUUGUACAUGUGUUCCAUGGUUAAUAUUCACAAUAAAAAUGCUCAUUACUGAGAAA